CUAUCCCGCCCAUAAGCGUCACUCACUAUAGCAGCGAGCCGGGGCUGAUCGAGCUCACACGCUCCCGAGCUGAGCCACAGAGAGGAGCACAGAGCCGCCGCAGACGGGCUGGAGCUGGAGAUCACCUCACUUUGCAUGAUCACAUCCGCAGAUCGUCCAGGAUCUAAAGAUGUGGACCGGCGUCGGAAAGCUCAUGCUUCUACAUUUGUUACUCAUGGAGCUCAGCGGCCACGCUAAAGGAACUCAUACCGAGUCAGAGUGUGAAAUAGGGCAGUUUCAGUGCAAGAGCGGAGUGUGCAUCCCAAGCCUCUGGAGAUGUGAUGAUGACAAUGACUGUUCAGACAGCAGCGAUGAGGAGAACUGUCCAAAGAAGACUUGUGCGACCACUGACUUUGCCUGUAAGAACGGACAAUGCCUGCCUGCUAGGUGGCGCUGCGACGGAGAACCAGAGUGUGCAGAUGGUUCGGAUGAGGCUGAUGCAAUCUGCAGCCGACAGACUUGUCCUCCAGAGAAGUUUGAUUGUGGAGGGGUAGCCAGCAAAUGUGUUUCGCUAUCGUGGCGAUGUGACGGAGAGAGGGACUGUGAAAACGGAGCAGAUGAGGAGGAGUGUCCGGCAGAUGAAAAGGCCUGCCCCUCCAAAGAUUUCCAGUGCCGUAACGGAAAGUGUGUGGCACCCAUCUUUGUCUGCGACGGUGACGACGACUGUGGGGACGCCAGCGACGAGGACAAGUGCUCUUCCCCCACCUGUGGCCAGCACGAGUUCCGUUGCAAUGACUCUGAAUGCAUCCCCGCCCUGUGGAGCUGCGAUGGUGACCCAGACUGCAAAGACAAGUCGGACGAGUCCAUGGAGCGCUGCAGCCGCAGGACGGAGCCCCAGAAACCCGGCUGCCCGGGCGAGUUCCAGUGCGGCAGUGGAGAGUGCGUUCACAUGCACUGGAAGUGUGACGGCGAUGCAGACUGCAAAGAUAAAUCGGAUGAAGCAAACUGUCCGCUGCUUACAUGUCGACCUGAUGAGUUCCAGUGUGGCGAUGGCUCCUGUAUCCAUGGCACCAAACAGUGUAAUAAAGUCCACGACUGCCCGGAUUACAGCGAUGAGGCUGGCUGUGUAAAUGUUACAAAGUGUGACGGACCAAAAAAGUUCCGCUGCAAGAACGGAGAGUGUAUCGACAGCAGCAAGGUGUGCGACAAUGUAAAAGACUGCAAAGACUGGUCUGAUGAGCCAGUGAAAGAGUGCGGCCUGAACGAGUGUGCAGACAACAAUGGCGGGUGCUCCCACAUCUGCAGAGACCGGAGAAUUGGUUAUGAGUGUGACUGCCCCUCCGGGUACAAACUCCUGGACAAAAAGACUUGUGGAGACAUAGAUGAGUGUGAGAACCCAGAUGCCUGCAGUCAGAUCUGCAUCAAUUACAAAGGGGAUUAUAAAUGUGAGUGCUAUGAAGGCUACGAAAUGGACCCUGCCUCAAAGACCUGCAAAGCUGUGGGAAAGAGCCCUUGCCUGAUGUUUACUAAUCGUCAUGAAAUCCGUCGGAUUGACCUGCUGAAGAGCGAAUACACACAGGUGGUUCCCACCCUGAAGAAUGCUGUGGCCCUGGAUGUGGACGUCUCCACUAACAAGAUGUUCUGGUGUGAUCUGUAUCAUCGCAAAAUAUACAGUGCAUACAUCAACAAGGCCAGCGACUCUUCGCAACAGGUGACGUUGGUCGACUCACUCCACUCGCCGGAGGGCCUGGCUGUGGAUUGGGUCCAUAAAAACAUCUACUGGACAGACUCUGGCAAUAAGAGCAUCUCUGUUGCAACGGGAGAUGGCAGGAAGAGGAAAGUGCUAAUAGCCACGGAGCUCAGUGAGCCACGGGCCAUUGCAGUGGAUCCUCACCAAGGUUUUAUGUACUGGUCAGACUGGGGAGAUCAGGCCAAAAUAGAGAAAGCUGGGAUGAACGGAGUGGACCGUCAAAUUCUGGUGUCUGACCACAUUGAGUGGCCCAAUGGAAUCACUCUGGAUUUGUCCAACAGACGUCUCUACUGGGUGGACUCCAAGCUGCACCUGCUGUCCAGCGUGGAUCUGAAUGGAGACAACCGCAAAGUGCUGCUGUCCUCCCAUCACCACCUUGGACAUCCAUUCGCCCUCACCGUGUUUGAGGUACAAGAAGGAUUUAAUUUUAGAACGCACACAAACCAGUCGGUGGUAAAUGAAUGCAUUGGUUUGGUUUCUUCUGCCAUAUAUCUUUGCUUUUAA